AUGAAAAAUUCUAGUGAAGUUGAUGGAUAUGUAUGUGAAUGCAGAGAUCCACAAUCCUAUGGUAAAAAUUGUGAAUAUCUAUUACCAAUGGGAAUUACAUUCUCCCAGACAGCUACAGCAGAAAUUGCUCUGAUAGAAGCAAAUCCUACAGAUGUACAAGUGUAUGGAGAUAUUAUUUGUUGUGUUACAUUGGUAUGUAAUUCAGGUCUUUUAUGUCUAGACUGGCGAGAAAUUUGCGAUGGUGUUCAACAAUGUAUGGCAGGAUUGGAUGAAGAGAACUGUGAUAAAUUGGAAUUUAAUGAAUGCGAACAUGAUGAGUAUCGAUGUAUGAAUGGAAUGUGUAUUCCGGAAGAAUUUUUUCUCGAUGGUGAAUUUGAUUGUUUGGAUUGGAGUGAUGAAAUUCAAUAUUAUGAUGAUGCAAAUUGUCCUUUAGAAGAAGUUAGUACUCGAUGUGAUGAUCGAAUAUGUCCAGCAAAUCAAUAUUCGUGUGGUGAUGGGCAAUGCAUUUUCAAUCGAUUUGAUUUUCAAAUAAUGUCACAAAUCAAGAGAGAAUGUCGAAGUCGACGUGAACAAUACUUUAUUUGUGAAACACAUUAUAUCAAUGGUGACAAAUCGUACUGA